CAGCAGGAGGCUGUUUUCUCUACGUUGUCCGACAACGGUAAAAAAAAUAUAUAUUUUGAAAUGCGAUGUUGUUUACAUCCGGCAAGAAUUUACUUGCGGGAAGCGGAAACGCUUACAUUGUGAGUGGGACCACUGGACUAGCUAGUAGUACAGUUCUUUGAAGGGCAGUGUUAAUGCAGUGGAUUACCGAAGUAUGAACUGCAGGUGUCAUUUACAGGAGAUAUUCAGUAGGUAGUACAGGAGGGUAGCAUUUUGGCUGAGUAGGGCGUCGGUACUAUUCACUAUGAACUCUACUGGGCGAGCGAGAGAGCCAGGAGCUAUUACAAACAUCUCUGUACAAAGUAUUACUGCCAAAAUGUCUAAAUCAGAUUUGUUUAGAGAAUUUAUCAGUGAGAUAUUAUCAACGGCAGCUUUGGAGAUUUUCGGAGGAGUUGAAAAAACGCUUGCUGAGUACAAAGAAGAAAUCUCUCGCUCCGAGGAGGAGAGGAAGCGGCUACAACGGCUGUUGGACGUUGUUACUCAACCCGAGAUCAAGCUACACCGAACAGAAGUGCAGCAGCUCUCUCUCCCGGAGCCCCCACAGAUUAAAGAGGAACAGGAGCUGUGGACCAGUCAGGAGGAAGAGCUUCUCCAAGGACUGCAGUCUGAAACUACAGGCUCCAUACUCAUUUCUUCCAGUGUGGAACAUGAUUCUGAUCAGGAGGGUUCCUCUGAAUGUUCACAUCUUGUCCAGAUUGUUAAGGUGGAGGACAGAGGAGACCCUCUACCCACCAACACAACUGAGGAGCAAAUCAAAGCAGAGCCUCGUGUACAAGACUCUGCAGCACCAGAACUAGGCAGUGACUCUCAGCCCCUCUCUGUUGUAGCUCCAGACUGUCCUGCAGCUCAGAGUUUGGAGGAACAUGGAAGAGUGAUGCUUUUACAGAACAGAACACAAAACAAUGAGGCUCUUCCAAGGGACAAUAGACCACAGGGAAGUCACACAAGAAAAACAAUACAUCAGUGUCAACAAUGUAACAGAACUUUUAUAUCUGAAUCUCAUUUGAUCAAGCACAUGAGAACACACACAGGAGAGAGACCUUUUCAUUGUCAACAAUGUAACAAACAAUUUGCUCAAAAAUGUCAUCUUGUUGAUCACAUGAGAACACACACAGGAGAAAAACCUUUUCAGUGUCAACAAUGUAACAAAACUUUUAGUCAGAAAUCUAGUUUGGUUGAUCAUAGGAGGACACACACAGGAGAAAAACCAUAUCAGUGUCAACAUUGUAGCAAACGUUUUGCUUAUAAGUGUAAUCUAGUGGGACACACUAGGACACACACAGGAGAGAGACCGUUUCGGUGUCAACAGUGUAACAAGACCUUUCGACAGCAGUCUGCUUUGGUUGACCACAUGAGGAUGCACACAGGAGAGAAACCGUAUCGGUGUCGAGAAUGUAACGAAAGUUUCAUGCGGAGGCCUCAGUUUCUUGUUCAUGUGAGGAAACACACAGGAGAGCAACCAUUUCAGUGUCAGGAAUGUAACAGAACAUUCAUUUGGAAGUAUCUGUUGGUUCGUCACAUGAUGAGAACAUCGGAAUGUCAAGAAUGUAACAAUACAUUCUGCAAGAAGAGUGACUUUGAUGAUCACAUGAGGACGCACACGGGACAGUUAUCUUAUUAAUGUCACAAGGCCAAUUUGAUUUAACACCAGAUGACUGGUAUAAAUUUAAAGAUUUACCACUUUCAUGUUUAUCCUAAUCAUUACAUGUACUUAUCUGAUGUUUCUUAUCUUUGUUGUACUAUUAUAUUGACUGUAUGUAACUGCAUAAGUACCGCCAUGUCAGCAUAUUGCCUUUCACUGUGUAGGUUCACCUGGAGUCAAGUUCUUUAGUGUUAUUAUUUUUGGGCGUUAGGGAUGAUUGGGGUCAGGGUAAGCAGCUGGUGACUGGAACAUCUGUUUGUUUUUUCCACUGAGCAAGAGAAAUCCAGAGCAGGUAGAGUUGCAUAGAUUCAUGUUUUUUGUUUGUCAUCAGUGGAUUAAACCUACCAAAAGCUGAAUCUGUUUGGACAUUGAGCUUUAUUUUAACUGCUGUCAGACGGUCUUUUAACCCUUGUGUUAUCUUCGGGUCAUUGUGACCCUUCAGUCAUUGUGACCCCCCCACGUGUUGCGACAACUUUA